UGCCAACAAAUAACCAUGUGAAAUUUAAGUCCAGAGCUACCCUCGAAACUGGCACCAGGUAACCAUGUCUCAGCAUUUAAAGCUCUCUGUAAGAUAAAAGCAACUGUUUUUAAGGAGAGCAGAGACAGAACAAUAUCUGAAAUUUUUUAAAAUUCCCGAAGCAGUUGGGAAGAUGCAACUCAAAUGACUUUUAGUGGACUUCAAAUAGUCAUCUUGGAACCUAAAGCAGGCAUACUUAUCCUUUGUUACACCAUAUUGGUUUAUUACUUCAGAAAUGGUAGCUGCAGCAGUUAUCCUGCCUCUUGUGCCCUCUACUUGCUGUCAAAAUUUGUCAUCAUCUUCUCAGUCUUGCUCCUCAAUGCUAUCAACUGGUCUGUUUUACCGUCCACGAAUUCACCGGGCACAGUUUUCAGUGUUUUCUGUUCUGUCCUCUCCGUCACAAGUGAACCAGUCUGCUAACUUUGUGGAGAAGUCUAAGAAAGGAAACUUGGUACCGUUAUCUCAGUGCAUAUUCUCUGAUCACUUGACUCCGGUUCUUGCUUAUCGUUGUUUAGUAAACGAAAAUGAUCAUGAAGCACCCAGCUUCUUGUUUGAGUCAGUGGAGACAGGCUUACACACUGCAAAUUUUGGAAGGUACAGUAUCGUUGGAGCUAAUCCAGCAAUGGAAAUUAUAGCAAAGGAGAAUCUAGUUACAACGAUUAAUCAUCGCGAAGGGUGGAAGAGAGAAGAGCUUUCAGAAGACCCUUUGAUAAUCCCACAGAGAAUCACAGAUAAAUGGUCUCCUCAGUGCAUGGAUGAGCUUCCCCAACAAGUGUUUUGUGGUGGAUGGGUUGGAUAUUUCUCCUAUGAUACGGUGCGAUACACAGAUAAGAGGCUUACAUUUGCAAGUGCCCCAGCAGAUGACAGGAAUCUUCCUGAUGUGCAUCUAGGUCUGUAUGAUGAUGUGCUUGUGUUUGAUCAUGUUGAAAAGAAAAUUCACGCAAUCCAUUGGGUUCAACUGGAUAAAUUUUCAUCAAUAGAGGACGCAUUAGACAAUGGAACGAAGCGCUUGGAUUCUUUGUUAUCGAAAAUUCACAAUAUAGUCAAUCCAAGACUAUCUUCUGGUUCAAUAGAACUCAAUGCUCAGAGACUCCGCACACAGUUAGAGGUCUCUCGUAUGACAAGUGAAGCAUACAAGACAGCCAUGUUAAAGGCUAAGGAAAAGAUGUUAACUGGCAGUGACACAUGCCAAGUUGUACUCAGUCAGCGGUUUGAAAGGAGAACAUUCUCGGAUCCUUUUGAAGUAUAUAGGGUGUUGAGUGUUGUCGAGCCAAAUCCGUUCAUGGCUUAUAUACAAGUUAGAGGGUGCAUCUUUGUUGCUUCAAGCCCUCAUAUUCUCACCUAUGUUGAUAAACAUGGCAAGUUUACUAAUCAAACGCUUUCAGGGACUGAAAGAUUAUCGGAGACGUAUAACGAGGAUGCUCCGCUAAGUAAGCAGUUUAUCAAUGGCCAAAAACAUUUUGGAGAGCACAACAGGGUAGCUGACUGGGUAAACAACUAUACCAAAAAGUCUACUCAAGAGUAUUCAACAUGCUGGGAAGCUCUGAAGAGCGCGUUGCCUUCAGAGGCAUUUACUGGAGCACCCAAGAUUGAAGCAAUGCAACUGAUAGAUAAACUCGAAUUGAAUAGGAGAGGCCCAUAUGGUGGUAGUUUUGGCUGCAUUUCAUUUUCUAAGAACAUGGACAUUGCUGAUCUUGCUUCAAAAACCAUUGUGUUUCCAACUGGGAAAGCCUAUGAUACAUUGUAUUCUUACAAGAAUCUGAACAAACGACGAGAAUGGGUUGCUCAUCUUCAAACUGGAGCUACAAUCAGGGUGGACAGCGGUCAUGGAGAUGAGCAGGGACAUUGUGAGCGAGAAGCUGCAGCGGUUGCUCGAGCCAUUGAUCUUGCUGAGUCGUCGUUUCUCUGAGUUUCGUCCGCCACAUCUUUGCUACUCCCAGUUGGAAUGAAUAUGUAAAUAUAAUCAUUUUAAGAAAUCUAAAAGUGUGGCUUAAGUAUAUGAAGAAAUAUACUUCUAUGACAAUGGCAGAUUGGCAGUUCAACAAUAUAAAGCUUAUAAA